AUGGCAUCCCCUCCAUCCCCACCAUACGAUAAUAUUGAGGAUCCAAUGACGGCUCAGAAAAUGAUGCACAGCAAUUCCAUUCCUGAACCCAGCGAAUCUCCUAAAUCUCAAUUGCAUGAUGCCAUUGAGAGGAUUCAGUCUUUGCAUAAGAGGAGGGCUCAAAUUAAAACUAUCUAUGAGAAUGAGAGACAAUAUUUGGAUCAGAGGAGUCAGAAGACGAAGAGUAGUUUUGAGGGGUUGAUUGUUAGUACUGAGGAACAGAUACAGAGUAUUAAUGAGUUCCCAGCAUUCGACAGUCAUCCAGAUUACACCGAAGUUAAUGGAAAGCUACAUUCCGUAGCAUUAGACACGAAAGCUCUAUUUCAAAAUGUUAAUGCUUUGAGCGAGUCAAUAAUCAUGGCAUUGGAUGCUUGGUAUCAAAAAGAGGUUGAUAAGUGCGCAUAUGAAAUUAAGCUCGCAGAGAAAGAUUACAAGCGCUCCUUUGAUACCUGGCAAGAACUUAUUAAAUCCGGCGACCUUUUUGGCGCCACUGAACCAUUCAAAACUCCCGCGCCUGUUAGCAACGGACCCAACUCAUCCCGCUCAUCGCAUCAACUUCGAGAUGGUCCAGAUCCUCAUAUGUACGCCCCAGGUCCUGCUCAAAAUCCGAAUAAUCUCCAUAAAUCCGAUACCAUGACUUCGCAUAAUAAUGUUCGACCGCAAAGUAGUAGGACUACUAGUAUGGAUAUGAGUGGUGCGAAUGGUAUGAUGGGAGGUAAUAUGAAUGGAGGAGUUAGAGGAACUGGUAAUGGAAAUGGAAAUGGAAAUGCGAAUGCGAAUGCGAAUGCAAAUGGAGAUAUGAAUUAUCCGCCCUAA